UCUUAAGGCAGCUCGGUAGAGCUGGCAUUGUUAACUUCCGUACAUUUGUCAGCAGUUUUCGCAGAUCUCAGGACUUACAUGUGGUGACUGUGGGAGUGGACACGACCUUGGCAGUUAUCGGCGUAUCUACUACUGUGAGCGCACAGAACUACAAUGCUCGCGCAGUGGUGAAUCUUUAAUGGAGGCUGUAGUGAGGGCUGUACGAAGCGGACCAGGGCUAUCCUAUGAAAGAGGUCAGGCCUGUUUGCUGUAAGGAGAGGUACUGUGUAUACGUACUCUACAUAUCGUGAGCGGCGACAUUUCAAUGUAGGACGGUGCUGUCCGUCAGUUAUUAACGCCAAACUGUACCUACUGCUACAGGGUGGGUGACAUGAGCUGUUUACAGUGCUGAUAGGACCAAGUGUGGCAGGGAGUUCAGAGGUCGGCACAGGGACAUGUAUACUGGGAUGUGCCAGUCUGGAACGCGUAACAGCUUUUACUGAAUGUAUACGAUAGAGUUCCUGGACCCCAGGGGACGCUGAAUGUACACGAGAGAGUUCCUGGACCGGAAAAGACGCUACUGAAUUAAUGUACACGAGAGAGUGCCUGGACCGGAGGAUACGUUACUGAUUGUACACGAGAGAGUUCCUGGACCGGAGGAGACGUUACUGAAUCUACACUAGAGAGUUCCUGGGGCGGGGGAGACGUUACUGUACGUACACGAGAGAGUUCCUGGACCGGAGGACACGUUACUGAAUGUACAUGACCGAGUUCCGGAACCGGAUCACACAUUACUAAAUGUACACGAGAGAGUUCCUGAGCCGGCGGAGACGUUCCUGUAUGUACAUGAGACAGUCCCUGGACCGGAGGAGGCGUUACUGUAAGUACACUAGAGAGUUCCUGGACCGGAGGACACGUUACUGAAUGUACACAAGAGAGUUCCUGGACCGGAGGAGACUUAACUGUAUGUAUAUAUGUAUAAACGUUGUGAAUUCCUCUAACCCUGACGAAAGGCUUCAGUCAAAGCUGUAAACCACCCACCCACGUGGAGUCCCACAACGUACACAGUGUCACGGAGCCUCUAAAGUCAUGGUCUCCAUCCAGAUACAGAGGCGCUUGUUCCUGCUGCCUAUCGUCAGUUUCAUUUUCCUGCUGGCCUCUGUGUUCACCACGUAUGGCGUGGCUGCUGGACUGGGGCAUGUGAACCCGGGAUUUCCUUACAUAAGUUACACGGGUCUCAAAGUUCCUGAGCGUGGAAUCUUCGGUCAGCUGCUCAAUAUGGGUGCCAUUCUGCUUGCCCUCAAUGUGUGUGCGCGGUACCUCCGGGUGAAGGUGUACAACACAGACGUGAGCUGCUUAAACAAAACCUGCCUCGUUCUCGGCUUGCUCUCCGCAUUCGGCCAGACCAUGGUGGCGAACUUCGAGACAGUAGUGAUGCGCGGACCGCACUACGUGGGGGCUGCCCUAGGUUUUGGGGUGGGGGGCAUCUACUGUUGGAUACAGACCGUCCUAUCCUGGAGACUUCGCCACGAGUCUCGGAUCACACGACACCUGGUUUUCUGGUCACAACUGCUCAUCAGCGUCCUCAUCUCGGUGUUUGCCAUCACCUUUUCCGUUUCCAAAAUUAUUUUCAAAGGUUAUAAAAAUGAUGAGGCGAAGAAUGAAGAGGGCCCCGUGCGGACCGCAUACCUGACAUCCACAGUCGCAGAGUGGUUACUAGCCAUCUCCAUCAUGUUCUUCCUCCUGACCUACGUCCCCGAGUUCAGAAACGUCACUGUCAAACCGCCUUGUGUGGAGUGCGACUCGGUGGGGAAUGUAGCUGGUAGCAAUAACAGAUUGGACGUCGACUCUAAACUGAUGGAGAAGAACGGAAAUUCUAGUGUAUGAAAUAAGACUGCCUCGGAGAGAAAAGCCAUCUACCGUAGACUGCCAACACAUGCCUAAUUAGUUACAGUAACGGUAGUCCACUCUCUGUUUGUUUACAUUAUAAGGGAUUAAUAUAUUUAACGUCUAAGGGAUAGAAGUUUAUUUAUUGCUUUGAAUGUGUUUUGUGUAUGUGCAAAUUUUGCGUUUGUUCCAUUUUGUAAAAAAAAAAUAUAAGGCUGAAAACGGAGAGAAUAUGGACAUUGUCUCUGAAAAUUGAUUAGGUCGUGACAUGUUUUGGAAUAUCAGAGAUUCAGAUCAUAUUCGCCUGGAUAUUGACCUAUAUGUGAUAUUGACCUGUAUGUAUUAAUCUGGGCCAUACCUAGAGAUCUGGCUUGAAUAUGCAUAUAGCUGAGAUAGCUGGGUAUAAUUGGUAACGAGCAAUGUGUUCAAAUUGUUUACUUUGACGAUGGAUUAUUUUCCUUUCAUUUGAAAUGCUAUGCUUAUUAGCUUCUGAACUACCUGGGUUUUAUCUUGUUUAACAGUCGUGUGCACAGCUUCACUCUGUGUAAACCUUUAUAACUGACCACCCAAUUCCACUAUCAUGUAUUAACUCUCCCGUAAAAGGCGACAGUUCUCUGUGCUUUGUCGUUAGUCUCUUUUGCAGGAUGGGCUUUUUUGGUAUUGAUUCAACGUCGUUGAAUCCUUGACCAUAUUCGGUAUAGUUCCUAUAUUCUUGGCCUUUAUAUCUUUGUUCUGUCCUCCGGCCUGUGACACGUGUAAGUGGGUGGAGUGGGAGAUUUACAACUUCAGAAAUCAGGGCCGGGAUUUUCUGCUAAACUAGAGCACAUAUUGGUGUUUCGUAGUGAAUGAAAGUUACUUGCUCCAUUGACUGCACAUGCCGUUAAGAUUGUAACAAAACAUAGAAAUACGGAAAAGAUAGGUUAAAAUAUAUCUUCAAUUUAUUGCGCUCUCGAUCCCACCAUGGACAAACAUCAAAACAUUGUAUUUGUAUACAUAUUUUGUGGUUUUCACCAAUGUUUCAUACAUGUCAUUUCCGUGUAAUCAAACCACUGGUCAUACAUCAUCAGUUUUAUAUUAUUUGUACUCAUUUCAUGCGUUGUCUUUCUGUGGGAAAACUUGAAGUUUAGCGAUUAUUUAACCCGAAUGUCUAUGAAUGGACGUUGCUCCUAUGUGAUGACGUCAGCUCUAUAUAGUGCCAUUUGUUUUUGUUAAACCAACUUUUAGUUUGCAGACAACGUGCAUCAAUUAAUGUAAUAUUUUUAACUUUUAUGCUUUUAAACCCAUGACAACCAACGCAAUUCUGUCUCCAAAGGACAAAAUGAAGUCACUAUAAACAUAUUGCACAUGGCAUGACUUGCAUCCAAGCGAAAGGAAAGAUAUGUAUUUUGAUAGAACAGUGGUUUUCUAAGAAAACUAUAUGGCGUUUGUGAUUAGAUCAGUGUAUUUUGUAUAACUUUGUUUGUAUGUGGUUGUUUUGAUAAUUUGACUGAAUGUCAACAGAUUGAUCGUUUAAUAUGUCAUGUUAUAUGAAGUCAUCUCAUUUCAAGGGUGUGGUCGUGAGUUUUACCCGCUUUCCUCCCACCAUAAUGCUGGCCGCCGUCGUAUAAGUGAAAUAUUCUUGAGUAAGGCGUAGAACAUCAAUCAAAUAAAUAAAUAAGUCGUUUCAAGAGUGCAUGUGUAUAUUUAUUACAUACAAGAGCUAUUCAUUUGUAUAUUUGUAUGGAGGUGUAGAUGAGGGGUAUAACCUGAACCAGACGUCCACUGUACGGCAGGUGUACGGCAGGUGUCGUGCACCUCACAUGCAUACAACAUUGACCUACAUUGUACUUACAUGUCAGGAGUGCAGGGCCUACACGUCAUGAACAACCAAUAAACCAAGUCUCAUGCUCGAAAUGAGUGCUGUUUCUGA